AUGGAGGAGGAAGAGAGAGAUGUGGAGAAUGCUGUCAAGUCUGAAGAGAGAGAUGAUGCAGAUUCACAACCUGAAAAGACUGGAGCAGGACUGGAUUCUCGUAAAAGCUCAGAAACAGAGACUAAAGAACAUCUAAAUGCACAAAAUCUUCCAUCAGCAUUUCCAGCCCCAGAAACAGCACCAGCCAAUCAGAAGUCCUCCACAGUCCCUGUUCAAACAGACAACUUAGUUAUACUUGACCAAAACGGAGAGCCUAUUCAGUAUCAACGGAUGGUGAUCGUGACAGGGAAGAGUGGAGAGUUAUUUGCUGUCCCAUCUGUCCCUAUAGGGGGCCCUCAUAUGCUACUACCUCAUUGUCAACUGUUGAAUGUAGCACAGUCAUCAGGUGCCUUUGUUGAGAAAACAAGACACCAGUCAGCCAUCACAUCCAUAAUAAACAAUGAUGGCACUAACAAUUUAGCUGCAGUAGCAGCUCAGAGUGUUACUGCUGCUAAAAGUCAGAAGAAUGGAUUUCCUGAUGUAUUUGGAACCCCAGUGAAGACAUUGCCACCAGGGGCACCAAACUGGGCUCUGAGACUGCAUGAGUGUGAGAAGAUCGGAGAGUCAUAUCGUGGUUACUGCAACUCAGAGGCUGAGCUGGAGGCUGUUUUGCUUCUACACAAGCAGCAGACUCACACUGUGUUCGGCACCCGUCAGUCACCAUCACCUGCAAAACCUGCCACCCGACUCAUGUGGAAAUCACUGUAUGUGCCCUUUGAUGGCAUUCCUUUUGUUAAUGCAGGGAGCAGAGCCAUUGUGAUGGAAUGCCAGUUUGGUCCACGGAGGAAGGGUAUCCAACCUAAAAAAGGUUCUGAGCAAGAAAUGAAUCAAUGUUUCCAAUACAAAGCAACCUGCCCUGCCAGGAUAUAUAUUAAGAAAGUACGAAAAUUCCCAGAGUACAAGGUUCCAACAGAUUCUAAAGCAGCCAAGAAGGUAGUGCGCCAAGAGCAGGAGAAAGCCUUUAUCUGCCUCAAGAAAAGUUCAUGGGAUGUUGGAGGGGUUGAAAGGUAUUACAUACAACUCCCUACAGAGAAUGCCCAUCUUUACCAUAAUAUGGACACUACAAAGCUACCUCCACUUCCAGAGCAGAUCAGCUUUGCAGAGGAACAAAGGAAUGAGGAGGAAUUGUCAGAGGAGGUGGAAGAUAUUCAAAACGAGGAUGGCACAUUUGCCGCCUCUCGACUGAACCCACUUGUGGCAGAUAAGAUCUGGGAUUUGGUGGCACAAGGCUUUAUCCAGGUUUACACUGUUCGCAAGCAGCUCAGGUCAUUACUAUUCCUUUGUGAAUCCACUGGCUUUUAUUUACUUCAUAGCAGGAGGUUUGUGGAACGUGAGAUUUUCAAGUCAGAUGAGGUGCCUGAAAGACAUAAUCUGUGUUACUUUCCCACUGUCAAUGACAUCAAGAACCACAUCCAUGAGGCUCAGAAAGCUCUUCAGCUGACAGGGGCACUACUGACUACCUCAGAUGCAGAGUGGAAAGCAGAUGCUGAUGACCCAUUAUCAGAGACUGUAACCUAUACCCUGACUCCUGCUACUAAGGAUGGUAAUGUUAAGGAAGUACUCUUGGAAGGGAGUGACACUCUUUCUCCAAAGGCUGUGCAGCUCUUCAGCUCUCUGACAUCACUGCAGCCCAGGAUCUUUGUACAUCUCCAGGGUAUCCAGCUACAUUCAGUGGAAAGCAAUCCUCAACAGACUACAGCAACACCAGAACCCACAGAUCCAUCUAGUCUUCUGAACAGGCUGUCCCACUUAGUCCGUCUAAAGAUGUCUCAGCAGAGUUAUGCCAAGGCCAGAAAUACAGCUUUCAACUAUAAGGAAGGAAAUAAACAUUAA